AUGUAUCUAGCAGUGGUACUAGCAUUUAUUACAGCCUGUGCAUUUAGUGAGGUGGCGGCACAGAUGGCGGAUUCGCCUUUAAGAUGGAAUCAGUUGUGUGACGAAACGUUGGUCCUCUGUACUCAGGCAUAUGAAAAAGGCGUCAAGAAUAAGGAAACAAUCAACUGGUACUACCACUGUGUGUUUCGAAUACAGUGUGAGAGGUGGUCUGAAGGCUUCUAUAACAGGCAGAACAUCCUCAGUAAAAUCCAAGCACGUAAGGAAUUCUAUGACCCAAACACAGAAUGGUGGAAGAAUGGAGGCUGUAAAAGGCGGAUUUCCUUGGCCUGUAUUCCUUUACUGCUAUUCAUACACAGGAUUUUGCGGGCAUUACUGCAGUAA